AUGCAGGAGAAUUUGAUUCAACGCAAUUUUCAAACUUGGGAAGCUCAGGAGAUGUUGGCGACUUCGUGGUCGGUUUCGCCCGAUGGCAAAGUAUGGAACAUCAAACUUCGGGAGGAUGUGCCAUUCCACCAUGGCGAGGACACGUUUGGAGUAUCCGAUUUCGUAUUCAGCUUCCAGCUUUGGUCCCACCCGGAAAGCAGGGCUGGUUUCGGGCCCCUGUGGAACACUCUGCUCGGCCCCGGAGACGACAAGUAUAGUUGGGACGUUGAUGAGUUAGGGAAAACUAACGCGGUGGAAGAGGUGAGCGAUAGCGAGAUGAUUCUGCGGUUGAACCGACCGGAGUUGUGGAUCCCGUUCUUUGCAUCGGACGCCACCACCGAUCCUAUAAUCUACAGUCUGGACUAUUGGCAGAAGCAUGGAGAGGCCGUGUAUGCGGAACAUCCGGUAGGAACCGGCCCAUGGCAACACAUAAGUUAUGAGCAGGGCGCCAAACUGGAGUACGAACGGGUUCCAUACGAACACUGGCGCAUCACCCCGGAUUUCGAAUCUCUCACUUUCUUCUUCGCCGAAGAGGACUUGACCCGCGUUGCCAUGCUCCGCAGCGGAGAAGCCGACAUAGCCGAGAUUCCACGGGAAUUGCAGGGCGAGAUCAUCGACGCGGGAUACGCCCUUACGCAGAGCACGUUGCCGGCUUUUAUGGUUUGGAUCGCCAUCGGCGGGCAAUACCUCGAGGACAAACGCGACCCCAACGACCCCAACACCAACGUGCUGGUACGCCGCGCGAUGAAUCAUGCCAUCGACCGGGACGCCAUCAACGAAGCUUUCUUCGACAAUAAGAUGGAAUUGAUGGCCAACACUGGCUGGCAUCCCUCCGAUCCAACCUACGACCCGGCUUGGGAGAUUCCGGCUUACGAUCCUGAUCUGGCUCGACAACUACUGGCCGAAGCGGGAUACGCAGAAGGCGCGGGCCCAAGGAUUGAGUUCAUGGCGGGUAAACUCGUAGGAGUACCGGAACUAACCGAAAUCGCAGUGCCUAUCAUCUCCUGGCUCGGGGAGGUGGGGUUCCAAAUAGACGCUCAGAUUGGUGAGUUCCAGCCUAUCCGGACACGCUACCGGGCUCGCGAAAUGAACGGCGUGCUUUGGACCCACCGCACCGGCUUCUGGCCGGCGGGCCGCAAUAUGCGGGCGUAUUUCGUCAGUCCGGCUUUGGAUGGCCCGGUCUCCAUGUUCGAAAACCCGCACACGGAAGAUCUGUUUGGACGGUGGCAGGUCAGUGUCGACGAAGCCGAGCGUCUGGAACUGAUGAAGGAAUCGGGCACGUACAUGUAUGAACAGAACGCGACCAUGCCGCUGGGUUUCCUUUUCGCCGAACUCGGCAUCGAUCCCAACGUCAUCGCCGAGUAUUCGGUCAAUAACAGUUACUUCGGUGGCAUGAAAGGGCACGAGUACACCAAGGUCGUUCGUAAGUAA